CAGUCAGAAAUAGAAACAGCGUGCGGAAGGAAGACAGCUGGUGGGGGGUAGCGAGGUAUUGAACUGUGGGAGCGCCUCAAUUCAAUAAUCAUAUCAUAUACAUUAAGCUACUUAGCGAUCUGUCUUAUUCCCGAGCUCACCUGAGUACUGUCAUCAACAGCCCUUCGCAAACUCGCUUUUAUUCAAGAGGAGACGAGAACUAGUUACUUUACGUUACUGUAUCUAACAAUUCAGCUAUCCUUUAACGUUACAGAUGCAACCAUCAAACUACAGGUCGAAACUGAUAGUUAACUAAAUUAUUCGUCUAGUUUGAAGCAAUACAAGAUUGUAGCUAGCUUUUCCACCAAGCCAGACCUUUGAAUUAGCCCCGUGUGCUACGGAGAAAUACAGACUUAUUGAGAGCUAGCUUUUGACUAAUUCAAAGACUCCUUGAGGGAAUGGACUUUACAUUGGACUUUGCAGCAGGAUGCAUAGGAGGUGCUGCCGGUGUCUUGGUCGGGCAUCCUUUUGACACUGUAAAGGGGUUUGCAUUUUUGAAUGCUAUGGAUCCCCCUGUAUACAAGAUUCUACUUCCAACCUGCCGGUAAACAUAUAUUUUAAGGCAGUGUGCAAGAACAGGGAGGGCUGUCUUUAACAGCAUAAGUGUCACUGUGUUUUAGAUGAGGGAUAUACAACCUCUGCACGGAUGUGACCUAGCUAGUACGACUUCAAGUUCAGAGUGUGGACAGACCUCUGUACCGCGGCACAUAUCAUUGCUUCCAGUCUAUCGUAAGGCAAGAGUCGAUGACGGGUCUGUACAAAGGCAUUGGCUCCCCCAUGAUGGGUCUGACCUUCAUCAACGCCAUCGUGUUCGGUGUCCAGGGCAACGCCAUGCGCAGGCUGGGCCACGACACGCCGCUCAACCAGUUCCUGGCCGGGGCGUCGGCGGGCGCGUUGCAGAGCGUCAUUUGUUGCCCCAUGGAGCUGGCCAAGACGCGCAUGCAGCUGCAGGGGUUGGGUGAGAGGAAGUCCAAGCAGAAGCUGUACAAGAACUCUCUGGACUGCCUGGUGCGCAUCUACCGGAAGGAGGGCUUCCGCGGUAUCAACCGGGGUAUGGUGACCACGCUAGUCCGCGAGACACCGGGUUUCGGGAUCUACUUCCUGACCUACGAUGUACUGACGCGCUCUCUGGGCUGCGAACCCGAUGACCCCUACAUGAUCCUCAAGUUGCUGUUUGCCGGAGGCAUGUCGGGCAUCACCUCGUGGAUCUCCACCUACCCUGUGGAUGUCAUAAAGUCCCGGCUCCAGGCGGACGGCGUGGGCGGCCACAACAAGUACAAUGGCAUCGCUGACUGUGUGCGUCAGAGCCUGAAGCGGGAGGGCUGGCGGGUGUUCACGCACGGCCUCACCUCCACACUGCUCCGGGCGUUCCCCGUCAACGCCACAACCUUCGCCACCGUGACUCUGUUCCUCAUGUACAUGCGAGACGAUGAGGGCGCCGUCAAUGACUGCGAGCCCCAGCCUGCCCACUCCCCUCUCACUGUGAGCCCACAGCAGGCCCAGCCCUCAAGCUUGUGAAUGGGAGAAGGUGGUUUUUCUGCUCUGGUGACCCUCAUUGGGUUGGAAGUAGUCCCACAAUGCACCAGCUAAUAAGCUGAUGUGACUUGACCGCUCAACGUCAGCUUCACGAAGGCUAUUUUUACAAGAUGUAUGUAUGUUCAGAUGGUAAACCGCGCUUGUAAAUACUUGUCCCAUUUUGACCCCUGGUUUUGUACAGAGUACACUUUUUAAUUUUUGAAAAUAAUUUAGUCUUUUUGAGAACUAAUUGGGGAAAGAAACUAGCAGUGAAAAAGCACAAAUGUCUGACCUAGUCAUACCUUAUGCAUGUACAGUGGGGCAAAAAAGUAUUUAGUCAGCCACCAAUUGUGCAAGUUCUCCCACUUAAAAAGAUGAGAGGCCUGUAAUUUAUCAUAGGUACACUUCAACUAUGACAGACAAAAUGAGAGAAUUCAGAAAAUCACAUUGUAGGAUUUUUAAUGAAUUUAUUUGAAAUUAUGGUGGAAAAUAAAAAUAAGUAUUUAAAAUUUUAAAAAACAACUCCCCUGUUGGAAUGCCACUGGAUAUUUCAGAGUCUGGUGUGAGGUCUGCAUUACCUGGUUCCUGAUUUUAAAUUACUCUUGGCUGAAUUUACACAGGUAGCCCAAUUCUGAUCUUUUGCCCAAUUGUUGGUGAAAGAGCUGAUCUGUUUGUUCAAAAUACCAGUUGUUGCCAAAUAGAUCAGAAUUGGGCUGCCUGGGUAUAAGCAGCCUUUGUUCUUUUUGAUCAUCCUACAGUUACAGUCAUGAAUUUCAACUCCUUCUUGUCUCAGACCUUGUAAACGUGACACAUUAUUUCUCAUUUUACCGAAAGAUUCAGCAUUAACUGAAAUAUUUGCGCAUGUGUGCUGAAAUGACUGAAUGAAAUGUCAUGAGCUACGUGCAGAGCAACAAAUGAUAAUUGUUUUGAUUAAAACAUGUUUUGUUAGUACAAUACUUUAUUUGAGGCGGCAUAGUCCCUGGCAGUAUAAAUCUACAGCCUGAUUGUUACAUUUUGGGCAAAAGUGGUACAAUUUUUACAAACAAACAUGAUAUUGACUAUACAUCUCAUGAUUUUUAUUUUAUACAUUAUUCUACAUAUCAUACUUGUAUGUGUAAAGUAAUCUCUUGAAUAUUGCGUCUUUUCACGUACAGACCUUGAAUUGAAUUGCAACCAUGUGGUUCACAAGAACGUGUUACCUAACUAGUUUCUAUAUGAUGGACGACACUGCUUGUACAUAGACGUGUUACUCAUGAUGUAUUUAUACUGUGAAUUUGGGUCAGUGCUUUCGCUCCCUCGUCUUGUUUCUUUUAUAGCACCUAGACAUUCGAGGGCAACUCGACUAAAUGGAAUGCUGCUUCCUUUCUGUUUUACUGUGAUGUAAUACGACCAAUCGGAGCUAGCUAUUUGGUCAGAAGAGCACAAGUGCUUGACGAGGCCAGUUUCUCUUAUUUUGUUCGUGUCAUUUGUUCUGUAUCGGUCGUAAUGUCUUUCAACCAAAGCAAUAUGUGGAAAAAAACAUGUCAGAAUAAAACCAUAUGAGUCUUUG